CAUUCCGUAGUAUGGCAUAGGCACACUAAGUAUUUUACCGGUCGCCACUCCUCUAUUUUGUGAUUUUGUCAAGGCGCAGAGCACAAAGUGAUGGAGAAGUUCGGUCUAGCAUUUGUCAAAAGCGCUAAUUGUUUGUUUUUACAUGUGUUUUUUUUUUUGAAUAUGUAGGCCACAAAAAUAACUUGUUUCUUUUUUCUGCAAACAGGCGGAAACUUCAGCCGAAGUCUGUUAGCACUGUCUUAGUCCAACAACCGACACAGUUCCGACGGCCCGGCGAAACAACAGGCACAUCGCCUAAUGCAUCCGUGGAUCACUACAUGAACCAGUUGAAUCAAGCCUCACCGGCAGUGGGCACUGUAACAAUAGCUUCGGCUAAACCGAAGGAGAAAGCAGUAAUUGAUCUUACAGACGAAGAUGAGGUGGCUAGUACUGCUACUGCAACACCAUCAAUACGCCAGCGGAGUAUCAACACCAACAUUGGCAUCAACUCACAGAUAAUGAACUCAAAUCGUAGUGUGCCACCGCUAACACGCAUGCCUAUGAACCAGCAGACAGCUGUGCGAAUGCCAGUAGGUGGUAUACGACAACAGAGUCCUAUGACGGCAACAAAAACCAAUAACAGUGCACUCAUGUCAAAUAUAUCCACUCCGCCCGGCACCAGCAUUACGCGCGUACACAUCAGUCCUGCGAAUAUGCCAACGCCGCCGGUACGCAAGUACAGCCAUCCUGCGCCGCUGCCGAAUACGCCGCCACAACCCUUCAAUCCCGGCUGGAAACUGCCACCUCCCAGACCUACCAUACGUAUUAGUAAUCUUGAGAAUGGCAUUGUCAUUUCUUGGACUAUGGAGGAUUCUAUGGAACGGUUUUCGGAAUGUGUGACUUAUCAAAUUUAUGCUUACCAAGAGACAUCCGGUCCGCCAGCAGUUGAUUCGUGGAGGCAUGUUGGCGAUGUGAAAGCAAUGUUACUACCGAUGGCGGUUACGUUGACACAGUUCCAAGAAGGUCAACGUUAUUACUUUGCAGUGCGUGCUGUUGACGAGCAUAAGCGGUUGGGACCAUUUAGUAUGCCGAAAACGUGGACUUAAAUGCAUGGCUGAAAAGUUGCAUUUUAUGGGCGGGAGCUUGUAAUGCUUGGCGGUGAAAUAGGCAGUUGAAUAUUUGCGCAUGAAUUUUCAUUUAUAUCUAUAUUUUAAUUUUCGUAUUAGUUAAGUGUUUUUAUUAAAGGGUUCACAACCUCAUAUUUAUUGUUUAUGAAAACAGAAUUAACUUUUAUGUAAUAUAAAAAAAAUAAUUGUAGUUAAUUUAAGUUUAGUUACACAAAAUGGAAAAUGAUAUAUAUUACAAGAAACACUACAACAUUACAACCACAAGCAGUCAUACAUAAAAUUUUAUUACAUUCGAUAUUUUUAUUUUUUUAUGUUUCACCACAUUAUGAUCUAUUUGGUGAGUUUGUAACACCAUACAUGGAUACUCUAGAAAUAGUGAAUUACUUGUAAUUCUUAUAAAUUAGGUCUCAAUUAAAAUAAUUACUAUUAAAAAAGGAAUAUUUGCAUAUUUGAGUAUAUUAACUACAGCAUAUGUUUAACAUAAGUAUUUUUAAUCUACAUAUAUUGAAAAAAAAUAUUGCCUAAAUGACAUAAAUGAUUCAGCAGAGGUAGCGAAGUAUGAAGAUUAUACACUAAAUCACACAAAAAUGCGAAUAAAUAUUUAAUUAAUGUAAAAACUGAAA